AUGAGGCGUCCGAGAAAUAUUUUCGUUCGUAUGGUUUCGGAGGAGGACUGCAUGAAAGCUUUAUCAAGGGAGGCAUGCGAUAUGGACGGUAUUCCUUAUCAUGCCUUUCACUGGACGCCAGAGUUUAAGGAGGAGGAAGAACCAUCAAUAUUGCCAGUUUGGAUUGCUUUACCAGGUUUGCCUCCUAAUUUUUAUCAUGAAUCAUUGCUUAAAAUCUUGACAGCUCCAAUCGGUAGAUUUAUUAGGCGUGAUAACCCCACACGUUGUGCGACUCGCACUGAUGGUGCGCGUCUCUGUGUGGAGAUGGAUGCGGCCAUUGAGCCUAUUUCACAUUUUUGGAUUGGCAUGCCGGGGUUGGGUUCUAGUCGAAAGCAGGAGAUUGUGUAUGAAACACUACCUGCUUUCUGUUCCAUUUGUAAAAUUCAGGGGCACAAUGUGCGUACAUGUCGGGCUGGAAAACAAAAACCAGAAAAGAAAAUGUGGGUUCGGAAACAACCAACAGAUGGUGAUCAAGAACCAGAUAGGGAAGAGCCUAAAGAACCAGUUACGGAGGAACCUGGGGUGGAAGAUCAAUCUAAGUUGGUUCUUGGGUCUUCGGUUUUAGCCUUUCCAAGAAAUCAUGCAGAACAAGUUGAUGCAGAAUACGUGGAUGUUAAUUUGGUUUUAGGGGCCCCUGAUUCUACUUUGAUGAUAGAGGAAUUAGUAGUGGACACAGAAAUUGGAGAGGCAGUAAAUAUGGAGAGUCUUGCUGAGGUGAGGCAAACGGAUGCUAGUUUGUAA